CUUGACAGACGAUACAGAACAAUAAGCACCAUCCAUCCACGGAUCCAUUGCUGCUGUAAUCCUCCUCUCCCCUACCGUUUUGCGUGUUAACGGGAUGGAACAGUGGGGCAGUGGGAGGAAAAUAAAAAGACAUCUUCACAUGCAAGGAGGGCGGAAAUCAGGCCAUCUGCUCUAUCUCCGGACUCCAUCCCUGCAGCGAAUCACCGGCAGCACCUUCCACCGUUCUUUCGUCUCUCUCCACAUAAACAAGCCCAAGCAAGCUCUGGCUCAGGCACAGGCACAGUACCAAAAAACAACCCCCCCUCCUGCUGUCAAUAUAGCAAACGGCAUUCGGCAGCAUUUCUCCCUCUCUCUCUCUCUCUCUCUCUUCUCUCCCUCUUUACCAACAGCGACCACACACCACUGCUCAUUCAACAGUCGCUACUCAUUCCUCUCCUCUAGCACACCAUGCACGAUGCCAUAGACCCACCAGAGCAUGCGACGUCGAAUGCCACCACAUCCACCCACUCUCCAUCACCCACCGCCACCACCACCACCACUACCACCCACCAGACACGACGGACCUCGAGCUCAAAGUCGAACUCGGGCUCCAGUCCAAAUUCAUUGAUCUCUCCAGAACUCGCCGCGGCCGUGCGGGUAUGCAUCCGAUCAUACGGGGUUGGAUACGUCUUUGCGACUGCACCCAAGCUCAUCAAGACCGUCAUAGGCUUCUUGUUGAACCCGCGCAAGGUCACACCCAGGGGCCAAAAUCCCGUCGCAGCGUUUUUUAGGGCGAUUUUGUCGGUGGCCAAGGAUGGGACGAGCGCACGAAGGGACGGGAUGAGCAUGUUGUUGAUGAUCACCUUGGGCGGGUAUAAGCUCUUGGAAGUGUUCCUGAACCGGGGGAUGAAGAAGGCGAUCCUUGCACAGCACCUGCAGCAGCGCCAACAACAGCAGCAACAGCAACAUCAGAAACAGGGAGAUCAACAACGUUCUUUACAGAAACAUCAAGGAGGAGACCACAGCGAUGCAGGAACGGUGUGGACAAAGGACGAUAUGGACAAGAUCGAGUUGACCUCGGAUAUAGGGCAACGGAUCACGAUGAUGGCCUCGUUCUUGUCCUCGGCCGCGGCGAUCGUGUUCAUGCACCGGUACCGUUCAAGACACGCGACGAUUGAUUAUUCAUUGUUUGCGGUCGUGCGGGCGCUGGAUGUCUUUGGACAUGUGGCGGUCAAGAAUCGGUGGGGACCCAGUUGGCUGGGUUCAUAUGGAGCCGUCGCGGUCUUUGUCCUGGCCUGUACUGAGAUCAUGUUCUCAUGGUUGUAUGAGCCCGAGCGCUUGCCUGGACCGUAUGCAUUCUGGAUCACGAGGAUGUCAAGGAUGGACAAAAGACUGCUGGAGACCUUGCGGGCUGUGAGAGAGGACAGGGUGCACUUUGGACAGUCGAACCCACCGGAAGUCAGCAAUUUGCUCAUAGGAUUGUGUGAAGAUCUUGGAUUUGAUCCCAAAAUGGGCGACUUUGAAUUGCGCAAUCGCCUGUCUUGCAGAGUCGUACAUCAGGGCAUUGCCGAUUCUUGUGAGGUCCACACGGGAUACCGCUGGAUCCAGGGCUUCAUGGUUUCUGCAGGUAUCUAUCUGCCAGUCCACCUGCUGCCUGCUUUGUUGAGUCCAAAGGCGUUCUUUGAGAAGCUGCAAAAGAACCCUAUUUCGACUGCAUCCUCGACCCUGCUGGCCGCCGCCCGAUCGAGCGCCUUCCUCGCCACGUACAUCGCCCUGAUCUGGUACGGCAUCUGCUCCUGGCGAUCCAAGAUCAUGCCUCUGGUCAUGAAGUUGACAGGAAGACGGUACAGCAGUAAUGUGAUCGACAAUAUCUAUGGCCCCUUGCUGGGCUCAUUCAUGUGCGGGUUCUCGGUCCUGAUCGAGAAACCCCAUCGACGGGCGGAAAUGGCGCUGUAUGUGCUGCCGAGAGCGAUGUAUUCGAUGUGGAGUCGAGUGAUGUCUGGACGGCUGAGUCGGCGAGUCGAGCGGACGGGCGAGACAUUGAUGUAUGCAAUCUCGAUGUCGGUGCUGUUGACGGGGAUGAUGUGGAAGCGUGAGAUGGUGAGGCCAAGCAUGCAGGGGCUGCUGGGCUGGAUGCUUGAGGUCCCAAAGGCGAAGCGACAUGCACGCCAUGGACAUCAUCACCAUGGGAAGGGAAAGGGAAAGGCGUUGGCGGAACAUGAGGACAUUGAGUCGUCAACGGCUGUCGUAGAAGACAAGGACGCGCUUGCGGCUGUGGAGAAUGCGAGGGGCCAUUAGAGCGGAGCAUUUUAGAGUAAAGCUAGAGUAAACGUUGUUAUGUAAUGAACCAUGCCCGGGUGUUACGUACCCUCUUGGGAUGACAUAAAACAAUUACAAUCGGCA